AUGAAUAAAACAGUGACAAAAAUUAGCAAAAAUAAACGAAAUAGCAAGUGGAUUGUAACAACAGCAGAAUCAUCCGACGAGUACGAUGCUGUCAUUCUUACUACACCUCCACAUCAUUCAAAUAUUAUCCUCAGCGACAUCCGGGAUCAAAUUAUCAAAGUCGAUUAUGUUCAACAACAUGUCACUUUAUUUACAACGAACGCCACUCAUCUAGGUUCUUCUUAUAUGAACAUGCCUAUUCCUGUAUCGUUGUUUAUCACUCGGUAUCUUGAACGUCAAAAUGGAACUCACGAUCUCAAUCUUGAUGUGGAAGUUAUGCGCUUUUCCGAACUUCUCUAUCCACACAAAGAACGUCUCGUGAAAUUGUUUAGUCCUACCUAUCUAGAUGAUUCAAAACUAGCCAAAAUUGUUGAUGGUAAAGCUAACAUUGGAUGGAUGCAUAGAAAAAUGUGGUAUGCUUAUCCUCGAUCACCACCGAACAAUAAUACAAUAUUUCCUCCGAUCAAUCCAGAUGAAAGAUUUUAUUAUGCUAAUGGAUUUGAAAAUUUCAUAAGUACAAUGGAAACUCAAUGUCUAGCAGCUCACAAUAUCGUUCGACUUCUUCUGAUCGACUUCGACUACGACGAGAAAGCAGCUACACUUGCUGAUGACUAUUGGAUAGAUGAAGCAAAGUAA